AUGGAAGGUACCCAUGUCCAACGGCUAAGAUCUUGGAUGGGAGCUAAAGGCGGACCCGACCAGCAGAACAAGCACGGGGGCUCGGACGGGGAAGGCGGGCUCACAGGCUGGUAUGGCUAUGUUGUGCAUGAUAAGGGGUCAAGUCCUCAGAUCCAGGAGGGUAGACGGCGAAAAGGUCGUGGUCUUGGCAUCCGUAUGAGGCAACUCCGAAGUUUGGUUGCUGCCAGCAAAGAAAGGAAACCAACGACGCCCCAAUACGGUGCUAUUAACCCUUGGGCACAACAUGUCAUUGCUCGCACCUCCAAGAUACUGGUAGCCCGUCGAAAGCACGGUGCAGUGAUCGACCGGUUGGCACACGCCUACUUCGCCAUACACUUGGAGCUCGUGGGCGCGAUUUGGGACCUUCGUGACUUCUCGUUCUGUGUAAUGAUCAUAACACCACUCGACCUCCAGCAACUCCUCGCUCAGAUCGUUACCCGUCAGCACUAUCGCUCCUCCUCCCAUACAAGCGAAGCAGAACUUGUGGGAUUGCCGCUGGACACAGAACUGCACGUCGGAUACAGCUUAUUUUGA